AUGCCAAACGAACGCCCAAGUGCCCAUUGGCUUGGAUCCAGCGCGCUGCAGCCUGGGGUACUUGACGAUCAGAUCCAAGCCGUUCUCUCUCGUGCAAACUUCCGGCACCUCGAAAAGGUCGCUCUCGCAGCCCGUCUCCAAGACAAGGCAAUAACAGAUUCCAACCUCACCUGCAUAAUCGAUCCCUCCGCUUUUGCGCAUGGAUUCAAUAACGUCAUAUUUGAGGUCGCAUUCUCAGAUUCUGUCUACUGGAUUGCAAGGAUCCAACAUGUCACCAUCGAUGCAUCUGAGGCCGAGGACAAUACCGCGGAUUUAUUGAGCGACAUCACAACCAUGCGAGUGAUCAAGGAACGGACGACAAUCCCCGUGCCCACCGUUCACGCAUACGAUGUUUCCCCGUCUAACGAGGUUGGGUACCCUUACGUCCUCAUGGAGGCCCUUCCCGGCCGAAUCCUAGGGGGGCCGAUUGCGAAGCAAGUACCUCUUGAGCAUCUCCCAAAAGUGGCCAAGCAGUUGGCAGGAGUUUUGUUCCAGCUCCACGCGCGGCUGGCAUUUGAACGACUUGGCCGGCUUUGGAGCGGUGACGAUGGGAAUGGACCGGUGGAAUGGUUCUAUGCUGAACGACAAGAGGAUAACAGGCAGGCACUACAGAGCCAUUACCAGGACAAGGAAUGGCUGGCAGCUUGCUGGGUGCUGAAAACCGCGGUGUCUCACAUCAUUAUCGAACCGCGUUUGAGGGGACCCUUCCCUCUCUGUCAUCUUGACCUGCACUACGGUGAUAUACUGUUUGACGACGACUACAAUCUGACAGGCGUCAUCGACUGGAGCGGGGCGCAAACCGUCCCGCUCGAGCGCUUGGCUGUGUCUCCUGAAUUCAUCACCUUUCCGGCUGGCCUAGCCGAAGUGAAUACCAGCAUCGUUGCCUUCAGGGAACUUGUACGCGAACAGUUACGCCUGCUGGAAAACUCAAGGCAGGGUGAUGAGGGUGAACAGAUCCCGCAGUCGACCUUCUCGGAUCUCUUCGGCACUAGGCGCGCGGAGAUCACACAUCGGUGCACAUAUAGCCGACCAUAUCGGGCACUUUGGGACGGCCGGAUGGUGGCCAAGUUGAUUUACGGAAUCCAUGUUUCGUGGACGCAACUGGUUGAUGCGUAUGGGGAGACGGAAUUGUGUUAG